AUGGGUAAGGUUGGGACCGGUAGGUACGGGGUGAGCCACCAUGGUCAGCUCACCCUAGACAACGGGGACGUGACUGAAGUGGUAGUGAAGAUCCUCCAUUCCGGCAAGGACAACACCAAGGAGGCCCGCGUCCUACACGAGCUGGCCGGGACGGGGGGCGCGCCUAUCUUGUACGGCGUCACAACCGAUCCCCACGCCAUCGUCAUGCAGUACUGCCGGGGUGUGACUCUCUCAACAAUCUUACACCACUUCAGGUACCAAGUCCACCAUCGUCAGGAGGCCUACGACGCAACCUGCGUUGCCCUUGCCGAGUUUCACGGUGCUGGUUACAGCCACCUGGACCUCCACGCCGGCAACGUCAUCAUCGACACCUCCACGUCACCUUACACCUGUCAUCUCAUCGACGUCGGGAUGAGUGAACGCAUCCCGCCCGACGAUGACUGGUACGAGCAGACCGAUUGGGUCGCCCUUCAAGACAUCCAGACCCGCCUCCACCUUCACUCACCAGACGAUCUCGGUCUAUUUUGA